CAAAAAGAUCGGUACUAUUACAAGAUAGGUACUACUACUUGCAGAUUUCCCUCCACUUUUUGGGGGAAAAAAAUUAAGAAAAGGAGCUGCCCAAAUUCCAAUUAGUUUCGCUUGGACGGAUAAUGAAUCACGAGUCGGCCCAGUCGCGGCUUUGCCGUCUCAUCGACCACUCUCUUCGUCCCUUCGGCGAAAUUGUCUCUGUUUCUUCAACUCCUGAAGUCGUAAAACAGCUCUUGAUUUCACUCUCCCAGGUUUAUAGACAAAUUAAACUGUGGACGCUUGAAUUUGACUCCGCUUCCGACGAUGGAACGGCUGAGCAACCAGCAGAUGGCGGCGGCGCUGCUGUUUGUUCUGAUUCACAUCCUGAUGACCAUCGGUGUAUGGCUAAGAUCGUUGGUCACUUGAUGUCUUUACUUAGUCUUGAGAAUCCACUUAUUCUGCACUUGACAGGCAACACCCUUGUGGCUAUUGCUGAGUUUGCUGCUGCAACUGAAUCAGGUUGGGCUGAAUACAUGCACUUAUUGUGUGGUUGGCUGAAAUUUGCCAUUCACAACACUAUGUUAGCUUCAGGGGGUCAUGAACUUUCCAGAGCCAAAGAUUUUGGUAUAGGUUCAUUUAUUCCUGGUUCGCUGAUGAAGCUGAGGAUGGGAGAUGGAAGCUAUUUGACUCUUGCUUCUAUUAUUCGAGUUUUUCGUAAUGUUCUAAAAAUUUUGAAGCUGAAUAUGGAUGAUAAACUUUUGAUAGGUUACCUGGAUUCGAUUACUGAUUUAUUUUCAAAAUUGCCUUGGGAUUCACUGAAUGAGGCGUAUGUUGUGUCAAACGGUGAGCCUCCAGCAAGCCCUGCUGGACAUGAUUUGUUAUGUAAAAAUGCUACCCAUCUGAAGUCAAUAGGUAUCUAUCAUGGGAAUGUUGUUCAACUGUUCUGUUCCUUGGUUGACAUAAGCGGCAUCUCUGAAGCUGGAGCUGGUUCCAACAUGCAUCCCAUUGUAUUUCAGAUCAGAAACCAAAUCCCUAAAAUUUUAGUUGGCUGCUUUGUCGGACGAGAACAUCUGGAUGACGUCCGUAUCUUUCAUUACUUGAGACACAAGAUCUUGAUGCUGAUGAUGAGGCUUACUUCCAUACUUCACCUGGAGCGUUCAGAUCUUAUGACAUGGUUGCAUCUUAUUGAGAAAUACUUUCAUGAUCUACUUUGUCAACCUUUGGAUAUGCAAGAGUUUAAUCUAAAUGACUGUCUAGAAGGUUCCCCAUUCCGGUCUGAUGAUUGUGAUGCAGAAGGACAGAAAAUGUCAUCUAGCCAUUUGCAAAGACUAGUUGUUUUUCUUUUUCUUAGGUGUUCCUUCAUUUUGGUGAGGUUGAACGAGAAAGCUGACAAGCAAUUCAAAGUUGCAAAUUCAGACACUUGCUUCACAUUUGACCUUUAUUCGAAUUCAAACUACUCCAGUAGAAGUGAAGGUCCGCUGAUGCUCGAACAGUGGGUUCAGAGGCACCUUCCUUCUGAUACUUUUGUGGACCAUGAAAUGUAUUCACAAAGAUGCUUGAGCUUUGCGUUAGCCUUUCUAAAGUUAUACAUGCAAGAGGACGACAUCCUAUUCGAAAUGCUCUUGCAACUGUUUCACUUGCCAGAGAAAUGGUUUAAUAGCGGUGGUUCUUUGUUGACAGCAAAGAAUGACAUAUUUUGCCUUGCAUCAGAUCUAUUUCACCCCAUAAAAUUUUUUCAUUUAUUUCUUGCAGAGGUAAGCGGAUCUCAUGUAUGCAAAUCACAAAAAUGUAGUUGUCCUUGUAGUGCUUGUCUGUUUGAUUUUCUAUCUUGCUUGCAGAUAUUUUAUGAUCAUGAAGUGCUUCUUGACUACCUGAUUUCGAAGGAUACUGGAGCCAAAUGCGCAGAAUAUCUUCUGAGGUGCCUGCGAAUGGUGUGUAAUUCAUGGAACCUAUUUGCGGAGUUUUCAACAUGGGUGAAACCUCCAAAUUCAUCUUGUCGAAAGAGAAGAAGAGUUUUAGCAGAUGGUAUAGAUUUUGAAGGUAAUCAGUGCCAUGCAUCCUUGGAGGAUGAUUCAGUUCCCUCACCUAUGGAUACAGAGGGUAAAAAUAGUGGCAAGCACGGAAGAACUAAGACCGUCUUGGUUGAGGAUGCCAAGGGCUGUCUGCUUUGCCUGAAAGCAUCUAUUGACAGCCUUUACCAGAAAAAUCUAUUUCCAUAUAAUCCACAAGUUCUUUUGCGACGUUUGUCAAGAUUCGAGGAGCUCAGCCUUCAGGAUAUCCAAGCACCUACUCGUUUUUAAUUUGAAGGGCUAAGACUGUUUCUGCUGUGCUCCUUUAUUGUGGCUUAGAUCAAAGUAAUGGAGAGAUUGCUAUUUUUUGGCAUAAUCAAUUAAACUGACUUUUAUUGCCAGAGAAGGAAGAAACAAUCUGAUCGUAUUAUCAGGUUCCAAAUUCAUGUUCUUUUUAGUCAUGGUCUUGCUUGAAUACAUAGGAGUAAGAAUUUUAAGAUGAGGGAUACUGAUCAAGUAUGAACGCAGCAUGAAGCUGGUUGUCAUAUUGAUGCCCAACAUUCUGACCUGUAUUAGCUGCUUUUGCCAUGCCAUAUGGAUAAAAUCCUCUAAAGACUGAAGAUUCUAGUUAGUUGGUCCAAGAUUACCGUAAUUCUGUGACUUUCUUCUAACUGCAGUGAUUAUAAAGGAGAGGAAAGCAGGUUUAUUCCUAAGAAACAAAGCAAUUUUUCUUGAUGGAAAAACGGAAAUUGCUGUUCUGUUCGGUGCCUCCAUGCCUGGUCUUAACGUCUGCAUUUGCUCCAUCUAUCAAGAGUCUGGCACAUAUUGGCUGCAUUUAUGAUGGAAAAUUGAGUAAAAGAAAAGAAAUUGCUGCUCAAGAAUCCUGUAGCCAUGCAAAGUGCAAACCAUUGAAGACUGGCCUCACCCAUUAAGGUUAUGCAUAGUUGCAGUGUAAUUCAUCGUCGAACUUUUGCCAAGUUGCUCAGCCAUUUCUAUGAACUGUUUUGCUCAAGCACAAUGUCCUCACCAAGGUGACUUCAUCUUAUUUUUUGCAAUCAAGCCUGAGGUUGGUCUACUCCCACGUAUUAGUCAAGACUUGUUCCAUGUUUUUGAGCUCAGGAACCUGCAACUUAUAAGUGAACUGGUUCUCCAAAACUGCUGCGACUUCGAAGAAGUUCAGGUGCAUAGCUGGAAGACAGUUUGUAAUUGUUCUUGCAUGUAUCUUUCCACAUUAAGACCAGAUCUGCUAUUGCAUGCCUUUUAGUGAAACUUGAAACGAUCUUUCCGAGGAAAAUGAACUCUAAUGAAAAUUACGUUUGGUUUGGCACGUUUUACGUCAUGUAUCAGAUGCCGAGAUGGAUUGUUUAAAAGAAUCCACCAGAUGGGUGAGAUGAUGGUGAUUCCUAUUUCUGAUCCAGUUAACCCUUUGUACUUUAGAAUAUUCUAGCUAUAGAAAAGGAAAUUAGAGUUCAUGGUGUA